AUGUCUCAACAAUCAUUCAAUGCUGGACAAACCAGAGGCCAUGCUCAAGAGAAGGCUGAGCAGUGGACUGAGUCUGCCAAGCAGACUGCACAGUCAGCAUGUGACAAGACCGCAGAUGUAGCGCUAUCAGCACGUGACAAGACUGCCAAUUUGACACAAUCAACACAAAGCAAGUCUGCAGAUGCAUCUCAUUCUACCCGAGAAUCAGCUCAACAUGGCCAGGAACAAACCGCUGGUUUUCUCGGUCAGACCGGUGAAUCUGUAAAGAACAUGGCUCAGGGUGCUUUCGAUGGUGUUAAGAAUAGCCUUGGCAUGAACGAGAAGAAAUGA